AUGCGCGUCGGUUUCUUCGCCGUACUUAUCGCCUCGGCUGCUCUCUUGGGCUCCGCCGCUCCAAUCCCUAGUCCUGAAGACCCCUACUCGGUUCACCGACAAGGACAAAUAACUCACCAAGCACUGGCAGACCACCAUAAUGCUCGGGUACAAGUUCACCAGAAUGAUUCACAUAGACAUCUGGCUAAUGCUGCGGCGGCCCAAGAAAGGGGCGACCACCAAGCCGCUAAUGAGCAUCUACAUAAAUCCGUCAGAGCGACGAACACAGCGGCUCGUCAUAUUCGAGAGCGUAACCAACACCAGGCCACAGCCAACUGGCAUGCUUCGCAGAUUCCCGCUGGACAUCGUCGUCGGAGCAUAGCCGAGUUGGAUUAG